UUCCUCUCACAACAAGAAGCGCCGAGUCUGGAUCCCUUACAGUGCUGUACCUCGUGCUCCCUAUGCACCAAGGUCUUCUGGCAAUAACUCUAAGCCACCCUCUGGUGGCUCAAGCUAUCAUCCUGCCAUGGGUACUGUGCCUAAUGGUGCCUGCUACUCUUGUGGUCAGCCUGGCCACUACUCAAAGGAGUGCCCCCAUAAGCCAGCUGGUCAUGGAUAUUCUCAGCCCAAGAAGGAUGACAAAUAUUCCUCUGGUCGUGCCCGUCUGACCCAUGUCUCUGCUGAUGAGGCUGAAGAGGAUCCAAGCGUCCUAAUGGGGACCGAACGCGAGCCUGAGAUCAACGCCCCCGAAGAGCAGCACCAGAACAACGAGGGACAAGAGGAAGUUCUUCCAACUGAUGGUGGCUUCUACCUCGACGUCGACGAGUAGAUCGGAGUUCCUCAGGCGGCAGCCUGAGACUUAUGGGCUGGGACGUCGCCUUAUGUUAUGGCCUCUUAGGCCUUUUGCAGUCUUGUUAUCUAGAUAACAUAAUUUGCUUUCCGUUGCUUGUUGAAUUGUGGUCAGUGACCUCUGCGUGUAAUAAAUUUGGAUCUUAACUCUGCUAAGAGUUGUAAUAUAUUUGCUUUGAGUCGUA